AUGACAGAAUUUGCCGAAAAGUCGAUUAACACAGACAUAAGUUUUGACAAUAAAUGUGAAGAUUUAAAUAUAAAACCGGAGGAUCUACAAGAGGAGGAACCACUACCAAAAAAGGCGAAACUUGAAACCAAAGCUCUCAAAGCCAAGCGGCCCGGUUUCACUGACGAUCGCUACAACGAAACUUCGUAUUACAUUGAAAAUGGUCUCCGAAAAGUCUACCCAUACUACUUCACUUUCACGACAUUCACCAAAGGCCGAUGGGUGGGCGAAAGAAUUCUGGACGUUUUCGCCAGAGAGUUCAGAGCGCAUCCAGCCGAAGAAUAUGAACGUUGCAUCCAGGCUGGAACGUUGACAGUAAACUACGAAAAAGUUCCUACUGAUUACAAGUUGAAACAUAAUGAUUUACUUGCCAAUAUAGUGCACAGUAAGCAAACCCCAGUUGUGGUACGACUUAAAGCAAUAAGUGUAUGUUGCAGACACGAAGUACCAGUCACUAGCCAAGCGAUCACCAUUGUACAUAUGGACGAGGACGUUGUGGUGGUCAACAAACCCGCUUCGAUUCCUGUUCAUCCUUGUGGCAGGUACCGACACAAUACUGUAGUUUUUAUCCUGGCCAAAGAAUAUAAUCUAAAAAACCUCAGGACUAUUCACAGACUGGACCGAUUGACCAGCGGUCUUUUGUUGUUUGGUCGAUCGCCGAAAAAAGCCAGACAAAUGGAACAUCAGAUUCGAAACAGACUUGUGUCCAAGGAGUACAUGUGUAGAGUGGAAGGAGAAUUUCCAGAAGGCGUUGUGGAAUGCAAAGAGCCCAUUGAAGUUGUCAGCUAUAAAAUAGGUGUUUGCAAAGUGUCGCCGAAAGGAAAAGAUUGUAGCACUGUUUUUCAAAAAUUAGGUUUCAAUGGCAAAACUAGUAUUGUUUUGUGUAAACCGAAAACUGGAAGAAUGCACCAAAUACGCGUACAUUUACAAUAUCUAGGUUAUCCAGUAGUUAAUGAUCCUCUAUACAACCAUGAGGUAUUUGGACCACUAAAAGGAAAAGGUGGAGAUUUGGGCGGUAAAUCGGACGAGGAACUUGUCAGAGAUCUAAUUCACAUUCACAAUGCCGAAAAUUGGCUUGGAAUGGAUGGCGACAGUGAAUUAUCGAUAUUUAAUUCUAGAAAGGGCGAGCUAGAGGAUUCACUGGGUGGAAACAUUCCAAAAGAUGAUGAUGUCGACUCAGUUUCUCGUGAACCAUCUCCCUGUGACGAAACGUGUGACAGUAGAUCUUCCCCACCUGCUUGUGAAUCCACGCCGAAUCCUUUGACAAUGAGUCGUUUUGGUAAUCAGAGAGUACACGAUGCAAAAGUCACAGUGGCAACCCAAACAGGACACGAAGUGCCCGAUUUUGCGUUCAACCCUGAUAAAAUGACGGUGGAUCAUCACUGUUAUGAGUGUAAAGUUAGAUAUCGUGAUCCCAAACCGCAGGAUUUGGUUAUGUACUUGCACGCCUGGAAAUACAGAGGUCCAGGUUGGGAGUUCGAAACCGAACUUCCUGAUUGGGCGAGAAUCGACUGGGUCGACCCUGACAUAUCUGAGUGA